AUGCACCGCAUAUUCCGCCUCAUGCGCCUCGGCAUCCAGCUUCUCUUCAUAUUCGACGGCGACGAGCGGCCCUCCAAGAAAAAGGGGCGAAAGUCCAAACUCGGGACCGCGGGCGGCAACAUAGCCCUGCUGAAGGAGCUCCUCGACAACCUCCGCGUGCCCUGGCACCAGGCGCCGGGCGAGGCGGAGGCGGAGUGCGGCCGGCUGCAGCAGCUCGGGGUCGUCGACGCGGUGUGGAGUGAGGGCAACGACGCCUUCAUGUUCGGCUGCCGCGUCCUCGUCAAGAAGACCAAGGACCCAGACGUCGUGGAGAUCUUCCACAUGGAGGACGUCGAGGGCCUGGGGUUCUCGAAAGAGCGCAUUGCCUUGUUUGCCGUGCUGUCCGGGUGCGACUACACGGACGGCUUGGUAGGUUGCGGAGCUGCUGUGGCUCUGAAAGUGGUGCAGAGCGAGGCGGUGCAGGAGGGGGACUUUGUGGAGCAGUUUUGGGAUAUGGAGACACCUUCUGAGCGCUUCGUCUGGGGGAACCGUCUCAAGUCCGUUCUGCCGAGUGAACGCAGCAGAGAAAACGUCCACGAUCGGAAGUUCGCUCCCCUCGAAGUUCUGAGGAGUUGCCGCAACCCGAUUGUUUCCAGACGGGAUAGACUGGAACAGCUGCGGCAUGGACACUUCCGGGGAUACACGGUGCAGGGUUUGAUAACGAGCAUCCCGUUCCUGCAGUCGCAUUUCAACCGCAAUGAAAAGCCCACAUGGCCGCUUCACCAUCUCGCGCCUAUAGAAGUGGCUCAUAGGCUCCUGCAUAACAAGGGCGGGGCGCGAGACCUCGUGGAGGCGUUCAAGCAUAAGAGCAAGCCGAGGUUGACGAGUCCCAUUCAGAUCGACCCGGCCCGGGUAUUUCUAGGGAUAGACGACGCAAUUAUCCAGGUGUCCCUGUUUGGGGCGACCGCGAUCACAAAGGUUGAUUGCGAACUGUUGGAUGCGAUUUGCGUCCACGGCAUCUCCCACGAGGAUUUCCAACAAUGGCGUGAGAGCACCAUGACGCCACGGGUUCGCAAGAAACGGCCCAGGGAAGUGUCUUCAUCAAACGCUAGUAAAAAGAGGGUGAUUCCUUUCGACAGCAAUGAAGCUCUCACAGGUGGGUCUCUAGUUACCUCCAGGAACAGUGGUGAUAUAGGUUGGUCUUCCAAUAAGAGGAAGGCAAAAGCGUCGGCCGAUCAAGGAAAACCAUCGUUUGAGCAACCGUGGAGAAGAAGAGAUGACAAGUUCUGGGAGCUAGACAUCUCAUCUCAGGAAACAGUUGAUGAGAGUGAUGACCUGGGGACUCUGCGAAAGGCCGGUACUGAGAGUACUCGCAGAAAGGGCCAGUUGGAACAUGUAGACCCAAGUCUCAACAAUUUGCAACAUCGGAUAAUCAACAUGGAUAAGUUUGCAGCUACGGAAGGCAUCGAGCCGUUCGACAGCUACUCGCGGAUGGAGCCGUUCUCGCCGAACGAGACGGCGAUUGACCGGGACCUCCGGCUCCGCAUUAGAGACUUCUACCGGACCAGCGACAACAAGGACCUAAACGAUCGCUGGCUUGAAUUCUUCACGCCUGACGCCAAAGUCAAAAUUGGACCGCAGGAGGCUGAGAAACACGAUUGCCUACGGCAGCUGCGGACGGAGAUGUGGAGCCCUGUCUCGGCGAGGAAGCACUGGAUCACGAGCGCAAUCGGAUCGGUAACCGAACAUGGAGUGCACGUCAUGUUGAAGGGCGGAGUAAAGCGAAAGGGGUUGGAUGGAAAUGAAAGCACAUUCAGCUGGGCUGGAAGUGCGGCAUGGGCAAAGUACAACGGUGAAUGGCGUAUGGGAACUUAUCGGGUCUGGCUUGACCAGUGGGCUCCGAUUGAGGGGCCGUUGCCUCCAGAAUCGAACAUUUGA